AUGGAGCAGCAGGAGCAGGGUGUGGUCCAGCGUGAUGUGCCGCCCCCGCCAUAUAGGAGGGAGAACGUGCCCGCACAGUAUCAGAUCCGUCGAAAACCGAUUGACACUAACAAGCCUAGCAGCAAUGACGGAAGUAAUAAUCUUGCGAAUGGUGGUGGACGGUCCCUAACACCGUCUAGAAACCAGGCAGAGAGCUUACAAAAACAGAUACGUGACUCGCAAGAUGUGCCUCCGAAGCCGCCUCCGAGGCCCCCGAGGCCUGGUCCGCCAGUCCCAGCUGCCAUCACAGACGGUAAUAUAGUGGCCAGUCCGCAGUCGAUGUCGAGCAGCAGGAUACCAUCCUUUCAAGCUGCAAGUUCGUCGUCGAAUAUCAAUGCAUCCGUAAAUGGCACCACAGCUAGAGAAGCGGGAGACUGGAAAAAAGCCGCCUCGGGACAUGCUCAGAAGGCCUUUCAGGAGGCAAGGCAUUUUGUUGGGGGCUUGGUAGCUCAUCCCACUGUCAGCAAUAAACAUUACACUAUCCUACGGCACUCUCAUGGCGUGGUCUUUUAUCAGGGCAGUAAUACGUUCCUUGCAAUCUCUAUCUUCGCCGACGAGCCAUUACCAAAGGAUCGAACAAUAUGGAUGCAGUGUAAGGGUUGGUCAGGAAAGACCGGGAUGCGCGCAAAAGCCCUUUUUGGCUUCAAUGAUAGCUGGAUAAAUGUCACCCCGAGUCUGGCGAUCCAGCCUGAUCAGGUCAAUUCCAGUGAUGAGCGUGCCUGGCAGCGGGACAUUAAACGAUUCCGCAAAAAGGCCUCCGGUUCCGUACAACGCCACACUCUUCGAGAAACAGCCAUCGUUCGUGUACCCGUGGAAGCUGAAGAUGGCUAUUACCAAUUGGUUCUCUGUCGGGGUGACCAGAAGCGAAAAGUGCUCUGCACCAGUCCCGUUUUCCGAUUGAUUUCAACCUCUUCAGAUCCGUCAACACUGCGAGGUGCAAGUCUUAGCACUCUACCAGUAGAACUAGGACUGUGGGUGGGCGGGUUAUAUGCGCAGAAUACGGCUAGCAACGCGAUUUCUCCGGUGACAACCAAGAUACAGGAUUCAGCCUUUUUCCCAUCGGGAACUACUCAACUAGCCGCGCAGACUGCAUAUACAGUAAGCGGGCUGGAAAGUCGAGUGGACUCCGGCAUGGAAGAGGCUAGUGAUCAUUACAGUGAAACCCAAAGCAAAAUGCUGAGUCCACUCGGGCCUGGAGAGAUCGACGCCGAGGCCGGACCGACUACACCAUAUCCAGUUGACUUUGUGGCAAAGCUCGAUGUCCAUGCAGUUAUAUCCACGUUUGACGCGAACGGAUUUCCAAGGAAAAUAAGCGUCGUAGGGAUUUCCCGGAAUAUUCUUCCUCGUCUGGACGGGCACUAUUUUGCUUGGUGUAAAAUACUCCCCGGGGAACCCAAGAGCCAGAGCACGCUGAUUGGUGACAAGAAGAGCGAAACUAGCAGUUCGUGGCUACAAUGCAUUUUCUCCGCUUCGAGCGUUGUUUUCCAAGAGCGAGUAUCCAACGUUCGAUCCCAGAGGGCUCUCAAAGUCACCACAUCUAUAAAAAUCAUCGAAGAUAUAGACAUUCCAUCCGCGGCUCAGGUACAAGUUCGUAUCAUGGGUUUUAUUCGACCACCCAACACUACAUCAACAUCUAUUAAGGCUGGAAAUCCCGGAGCAGAAGACGAAGAGCAAAUCAUAUUGGACGUGUGCGAUAUUGAAUUAGUCCGUAGCGCGUUGGAUAAUCCUGCAUGGCAAGCCGAUCCUGUUCGAGAUGUUUCCAGUACACAAAGAUCCGUAGAAGGUUCUGAAGGGGAGGAGGCACAGUCUGGCCUCUGGGAUAGAGCAAAGGGUGGAUAUACCAACUUGCGCAUGAAGGGUCAGACAAUGGUUGGACAAAUUCCAUUCCAUCGCGUUGGCAUUCGCUCGCCUUCGGAUGAAUUAAAGGAUAAGAACCUGGCUGUUAGUGGUUAUUAUAUAUCACGAUAG